GAGUGGAAGAUAAGUUAGACUAUAUUAUAAUUUUUUGUCGAAGGACUUUGAAAUUUUUUACUGAGGUAGAAUGUUGAAGUGUUCAGAAAUCAAUGUCACCAUUCGGAAGGCCAAAAAAGAAGAUAUGGUCCAAGUUUUCAAAUUGAUUAGAGCCCUUGCAGAAUUCGAGCGACUUGAGGAUCAAGUGAAAAUAGAUGCUUCAGUUUUGGAGAAGGAUGGUUUCGACUCGGAAAAUCCAGCUUUUACCUGCUUAGUAGCAGAACUGUCAGAUGGACAUAUUAUGGGGUACGCACUCUAUUAUUAUUCAUACUCUACUUGGUUAGGAAGAUCUAUAUUCUUAGAAGAUCUUUACGUACAGGCAGCUUAUAGAGGAAACGGUAUAGGGAAGCAGCUAUUCAUGGCGGUUGCCAAAAUAGCCCAUGAAACACAAAGUAAAAGGAUGGAUUUCCAUUGUUUGUGUUGGAAUCCAGCAAUUAGAUUCUAUAAAAGUCUUGGAGCAAUAAAUUUGACUUCUACUGAAAAAUGGCAAAUGUUUCGAAUAGAUAAGGAUUGUUUAGAUAAACUUUUUAGUUAGGCCAAAUUACCAAUGUUUACAUUAUAGAACUGUAUAUGCUACUUUUCCAGCAAUAAAUGAGUUCAUUUAUCUUA